GGGGAAGUCAGGCCCACGGUAGUGAAUGUCCACUACAGACACAGACACCCAGAUCUGAUGCUGGGUGCCCCUUGCCGUGCGCCUGGAAAGUGCCCGUACGCCUCGCCCGAUGAGCCGUGCGCAUGGCACCGCCAACAACGUACGGACGAUCAAAGGAUGCUCGCAGCGCGCAAGGCCACAAACCAUGGAACAAAUCAUGGACCGCCUGUGCCUGACACUCCUCCCACAGCGUCGUCUGCCUUCCUCUCUCUAUCAUCUGAGUGCAUCGCUGCCCCCUCGCCGUCUGUCAUGAGCAGCCAGAAGAGCAAUCAGUCCGAAGAUGAACCCUCACACUCCACUACCCACCCACCCCGUGCCACUACCAGCACACAGACUUGCCAUACUGCCAGCCGCUCCCAUCGUCUCACUUGCAUCACAACACAUCACCAUGUCGCAUCGAGUGACUCUCUACGCAUCGCCCUCACCUCUUCCAUUGUUGGGACAGAAAGGGGAAGACGAAGCAGCGUGAUCAGGACAGUGCCGGCGGAAGUGCUAGCUGCGUCAGAGGUGAUGCGCUUGGUGCAAGACUUCUUCAACAAGAAUAGAGCAGCUUUGAGACUGGAUACGAUUGAGCUGACGACGUCGUCACAGCGUAUCAUUAGUGUGUCCGAAAAGCGGAGCGGACGCGGUCGCUGCGCCGGGAACUGAGAUGCGCGCCCGUUCCUACCACUAGUAACUCUGAAGCAACCCCAGUCGGGAGCGUCCACGACUGCUGCGAACGAGACUUUGACAUCAGCU